AUGAGUGCAAAGAAGCGGAAGUAUCUUGACGAAUAUAUUCGAUUUGGAUUCGUGUCUCUCCAAAAAGGUGACACAGAGGGCCCCCAGUGUGUGAUAUGUUACAAAACUCUGAGCAAUGAUGGAAUGCGGCCCUCACGCUUGGAACGCCACUUGAGGACAACACAUCCUGCUCUAGCUGAUAAGCCCAAAGCAUUCUUUGAAACAAAAAGACACUCCUUGAGGCAAGUUAAGUUGGACGGCAGUUGGGCAUUUCGGCAACAAACUUCAAAGGUUGUUGAGGCUUCCUAUGAGAUCGCCAUGUUGAUUGCAAAGAGCAAAAAGAAGAGCCAUAACAUCGGAGAGUUUCUCAUAAAACCAAGCAUACUCCGUGCAGCAGAACUCGUUCUGGGGAAAGAUAGUGCAAACAAGCUUUCCCAAAUUUCACUUUCAAAUGAUACAGUCAAGGGAAGGAUCGAUGAAUUGUCUCAAGACAUCAAAGAUCAAAUUCUCGACCAAGUAAGAGAUUCUCCUGUUUUUGCUCUCCAGUGUGACGAAACGACUGAUAUCGCUGAGUGUUCUCAGCUACUGAU